AUGCCACAACGGUUUAAAAAUUACUUCCAAAAACCAAGGAAUCGUAAUUUCCAUCAUCAGCAACAUCACCAAAAAAUGAAAAAAAACAAUACUUACAGUGAUGAUUUUAAUUAUGAUGACUCAUCUCAAAAAAUAUCAACAGAAGUUUUGUUUUCUUCCUCUCUAAUAUUGCGCAAGGAAAAGGUAGCACAACACUCCGAUACUCCUACUACUAAUAAUAAUAACGAAACUAUUGGUCAAAGUGAUGAUAUUCGUAAAGUUUAUUUAGAAGACGGGCAAGAAAGAGAAAUGCAUAAUAAUUACUACAGCAAUGAGUACUGGAUGGAAGAACGUGAAAGAAGAGACACUGAAUACCGGUUUAGAGGACGUGAAAGAGACACGAAGAAACAGAAUACUAGACAGGCUGAUAAAGAGACAGUAAGAAUGGAUUCGAGAAAUGUUCGAUUCGAGAUAAACGACCAUAAAAGAAAUCCAACCGCAGACUAUACCGUUAAUAAUCAUAACCAAAUCAAAAAUAACAAGUAUUCACUGCCUACCCCACCCUCAAGAUACACCAAAUCUUCCACAUUAACUGACUCUGUGUCGAUAUCAUCGCCAUCCACACAUGAUACGACCAUGAAAAAAUAUAUUGCGAAUUCAACCAUGGAUAAAUUUACAAACUCGGAAAAGCAAGAAACUAAAGAAAAGUUGAUGUAUUUAGAAAAAAAUUACCGUAAUAUGGAACAAGAAUUGCGCAUUAAAAAACAAGAAUUACUUCAUAAAAAAGAGAAAUUACUAAAGGAGGAAAGAGAAUUGAUGGCUAUGGAGGAUAAAUUGAAUUUGGAAAGUGAAAAAUUGGCGAAUCUACGUGAUCAAUUUUCCAAGUAUGAACUGUCAGAAAAUAUUCACUCUGAUAAUAAAAAAGCGGAAUAUUCUUCUCUCAAAAAUGCGCGACUACCAACAAAUUCUGUUGCCUUUUCCUCCUCAGCUAUCAAUCGCAAACUAAAACCAUCUCCAAUUACUACACGUCAAUCACACAAUCGCACAACCCAUAAUUCCUCUGCGAAUCCUCAAACUCAACCCACGGAUGUAAUUCCUAAUUGGGCAUCAGAAAUGUUGGCUGAGGUGCUUAAUACUUCAGAUACUGGAGACUCACAAAACGUCAAUCCAAUCACUACAAAGAAAAGCGCAACUUAUAAUUCUUCUGCGAAUUCUCAAACUCAAAUCAUGGAUGUAAUUCCUACGUGGGCAUCAGAAAUGUUGGUUGACGUGUUUAAUGAAUCUUCUAAUGAAGAUACUGGAGGCUCACAAAACGUCACAGUCACUACAAAGAAAAACGCCAAUACUCUUAAUGGUCAGCAAAAUAUCUCUAAUUCGAUUCCUUCUCUUAUGCCAUCUGCUCCUACUUCUGUAAAGACCAAGCUCCUUCUUACUACUACUCCUCCGUCACAACCUUUUUCUUUUCCUCGUAUUAAUAAUAAACCUGCAUUUAAUUCAAAAACAUCAUCACCAGUAUCACCAUCUACUAAUAAAAUAUCCAAUCAAAUUACAUUUAACAAAUUCGCCCAAAGUCCGAAUACACCUUCUACUCCGAAACAAAUCCCUGUUGCAAAUUUUUCGUUGCCGUCGUCUUCACAUCAACAGCAACAACAACCUUUGCCGCCAUCAUCUCCAUUGUCAUCAGAAAUACCAGAAAAAACACUUGUUCGAAGAUCAAGUUUGAUCAACAAAAAGCCAGAGAUGUUAAUCUCCCCUCCUUCCACGACUUCAUCUUCAAAAGGAAAAGAAAAAGUUACAGAAUUUGAUUUUGAAACAAGUACAUGGAAAGAUCUGCAAGAAGCCUGUAAAGCAUAUAUGGAGACUGUUUCUUCAUAUGAUUUACUAGUAACAGCGAUAUACACAUGGAAAGUCUCACUACCGCAUGUUGAAAGUUUCCAUUUACAUAACUUUAGAGAAUUUGUAGAAAAUAAAUAUUCUGGUGUACCCAAGAAUCUCCCGGAUUCCUAUAUUCUUAAAGUGUUUCAUGGUUUCCAUAACUCUAAAAGAACAAUUCUUAACCGAAAAAAAAGAUCCGCAAGAAUUAAGGAAACGUCGGAUAACGGUAAUGUUAAUAAUUCGGAAGAAUCAUCCAAAUCAAAAUCCGAGACCUUGGAAUCAAAUACUCUGGAAUCAAUCAAGCACGGUAAAUCAGAGGAAUGUGAAGAUCUUAUUGUAAUAUCCGAUGAAUCGGAUGAAGAGGGAAUUCCAAUCGAAUCGUCUUAUUUUUCCUACACUUCAGAUCAACAAAUACAAAAAAGACCAGAGGAAAUGUUGGAUAUGACAAAUAAAAGUACCGCGACGGCAAUAUCCAGCGCUACACUUUUAUUCGAAGAAGAGGAUGAAGCACUUAAUGGCGGCUGGUGCUUAGGAGAUAAUAUUAAAGAAGAAUUAGAUCAAGGAGAAGAAUUAGAUCAAGGAGAAGAAUAUGAGGAUUAUGACGAAGAUGCGCUUGAUCCUUGGGCGUAA